AUGGGAACAGGGAAUGCAACAGUCCUGACACAGUUUGUUCUCACAGGACUCACUCAUCUGCCACAGUGGGAAAUCCCCCUCUUCCUGCUGUUCCUGGUGAUCUAUCUCAUCACCAUUGUGGGGAACCUUGGUCUCAUCACUCUCAUCUGGAAUGACCCUGACCUUCACAUCCCCAUGUAUUUAUUUCUAGGGAGUUUAGCAUUUGUGGAUACUUGGUUAUCAUCCACCGUGACACCAAAGAUGCUAAUAGACAUUUUUGCUAAGAGUAAACUGAUUUCUCUUUCAGAAUGCAUGAUACAGUUUUUCUCAUUUGUAAUCAGUGCAACCGCAGAAUGUUUUCUCUUGGCAGCAAUGGCCUAUGAUCGCUACAUAGCCAUAUGCAAGCCAUUACUCUACCCAGUGAUCAUGACAAAUAAACUCUGUAUUUAUCUGUUAAUAUUGUCCUUUAUAGGUGGAUUUAUUCAUGCUUUAAUUCAUGAAGGCUCUUUACUAAGACUAACAUUCUGUAAUUCCAACACAAUACAUCAUUUUUAUUGUGAUGUUAUGCCACUGUUAAAGAUUUACUGUAGUGAUCCUUCUCUCAAUUACCUAAUGCUUUUUAUUUUCUCUGGCUCAAUUCAAGUAUUUACUAUUUCAACUAACCUUAUCUCUUACACUAUCAUUCUGUUUUCAAUCUUAAAUCAGAAAUCUACCAAAGGCAUAAAGAAAGCCUUCUCCACAUGUGGAGCCCAUCUCUUGUCUGUGUCUUUAUACUAUGGCCCUCUUCUUUUCAUGUAUGUGCGUCCUGCAUCUUCACAAGCAGAUGAUGAUGACAUGAUAGAUUCUGUAUUUUACACUGUCUUAAUUCCUGUACUGAAUCCAAUUAUCUACAGUUUGAGAAUUAAGCAAGUAAAAAAUUCAUUGGCAAAAUUCUUAAAAAAAAUACUUAGGUCUCAAUAUUAUCUAUUGUAUUCUUAUUUAAAUAUCAAAAUACUGUGCAGACUUAAUUUGGAAGUAUUUUUACACUGUUCAAAAUAUUUUGAAGAUGAACCUAACCUAGAAUUUUGCUGUUGCUGUUGUUUUGUAGGGUAUGUUUGUCAUGCAUGCACACGAUUGUCUAAUUAG